CGCUGAUUGGCUGCUCGCUGACAUCCUCAAACCCGGCUGCUCCGCGCUGGGCUCGGAGGGGGCGGCUGCGGGUGGAGGUGCGCUUCUGACAAGCCCGAAAGUCAUUUCCAAUCUCAAGUGGACUUUGUUCCAACUAUUGGGGGCGUCGCUCCCCCUCUUCAUGGUCGGGGGCAAACUUCCUCCUCGGCGCCGCUUCUAAUGGAGCCCCACCUGCUCGGGCUGCUCCUCGGCCUCCUGCUCGGUGGCACCAGGGUCCUCGCCGGCUACCCAAUUUGGUGGUCCCUGGCCCUGGGCCAGCAGUACACGUCCCUGGGCUCCCAGCCUCUGCUCUGCGGCUCCAUCCCAGGCCUGGUCCCCAAGCAACUGCGCUUCUGUCGCAAUUACAUCGAGAUCAUGCCCAGCGUGGCGGAGGGCGUGAAGCUGGGCAUCCAGGAGUGCCAGCACCAGUUCCGGGGCCGCCGCUGGAACUGCACCACCAUAGACGACAGCCUGGCCAUCUUUGGGCCCGUCCUUGACAAAGGUAUUGUCUCUGGGCCCAUUAGGCGGCGUUUAAGUUCCCGGCCUCGGUUUCCCCAUCUGUUACACGUGGAAAACAACUCUAUUUAUUACAGCUUUGGGAGAGGAAUUCGGUUCUGCCGAGGCGUGGUGUGCGAAGGGGAGGGAACCAUCCAGUCACCUUUCCUUGGUUCCGGGCCUCGGGCCUCCACCAGCGCUCACCCUGGCCCAGGGGAGGGAGGGAGAAGGCUCCAUCCAGGGCUGGGCUGGCGGCAGAGCAGGCGGGUCUCGGUGGCUCCCAGGGGCGUCCGUCCGGGGCCAGCGGCUGCUUCUCUUCCCCAGACCAUCCUGGACCACAUGCACCUUAAGUGCAAGUGCCACGGGCUGUCGGGCAGCUGCGAGGUGAAGACCUGCUGGUGGGCCCAGCCCGACUUCCGCGCCAUCGGCGACUUCCUCAAGGACAAGUACGACAGUGCCUCGGAGAUGGUGGUGGAGAAGCACCGCGAGUCGCGCGGCUGGGUGGAGACCCUGCGCGCCAAGUACGCGCUCUUCAAGCCGCCCACCGAGAGGGACCUGGUCUACUACGAGAACUCGCCCAACUUCUGCGAGCCCAACCCCGAGACGGGCUCCUUUGGCACCAGGGACAGGACUUGCAACGUCACCUCCCAUGGCAUCGAUGGCUGCGACUUGCUCUGCUGCGGCCGCGGCCACAACACGAGGACGGAGAAGCGGAAGGAGAAAUGCCACUGCAUCUUCCACUGGUGCUGCUACGUGAGCUGCCAGGAGUGCAUCCGCAUCUACGACGUGCACACCUGCAAGUAGGGAGCCAGGGCGCUGGGCAGAUUCACUGAAGUCCUGAGCAGGACCUAAGCCAGCUCAGCCCUCAGCAUCCGACAGCAAGGAACCCGGACUGUUGCCAGAUGCACCUGUGGUAAAUUACCUGGACCCAACCGCCCGCUGACUGGGAGGCCUCCCUCUCUCUCUCAUCUUAAGUUUCUCACCCGACUCUGGAUGGUGUGUGGUGUUUAAAGAAGGGGCUUUCUUUUUAGUUCUCUGGGGUCUGAUAGGAACAGAUCCGAGGCUUAUCUUUGCACAUGUUAAA